UGACAGCGCGAGGACUACAAAGCCCUGAAUGCACCCCGGCGCAAUAGGACUCUCUAUAAGUAAUGCUGCCUGCAACUCUGGCUCAGUGGCGCAGAGAAGCCUGGAGAAACGCGAUCAGAUAGAAGAAUGAGCCAGAAUGGAGUGGAGGCGGCGGCGGCGGCCACAGACAAGGACCAGUUUGUGGGGUUCUUCCCCCAAGUUGUGAAGGAUCUGACGGAAGAUGACCUCCACAACGCGGAGGUGUCUGAUGUUGUCGCAAGGCUGAAGCAGGUCGUGGAAUACAAUGCCAUCGGGGGGAAAUAUAACCGGGGCCUGACGGUGGUAGCUGCUUUCCGGGAGCUAGCUGCGCCAGAGCAACAGGAUCCGAAAAGCUUCCAACGUGCUCUAGCUGUUGGAUGGUGCAUUGAACUGCUGCAGGCCUUUCUCCUGGUGGCAGACGACAUCAUGGACUAUUCGGAGACCCGCCGGGGCCAUCCCUGUUGGUACAAAAAGGAAGGAAUCGGCCUGGAUGCCGUGAACGACGCUUUCUUGCUCGAGUCCCUCAUCUACCGCCUGCUGAAGCGAUACUGCCGGGGUCAGCCGUACUACCUGAACUUGCUGGAGCUGUUUCUCCAGACAUCAUACCAGACUGAACUGGGGCAAGCCCUGGAUCUUAUCACUGCUCCCCCAUCUAAGGUGGAUCUGAACCGCUUCACAGAACAGAGUGUGUUGCAUAUUUAUGAUUCAAAGCUGGAAACCUUUCAAGUCAUGACCGGCUCUAACCUUGAACCGCGGAUGCCCUUCUCUGGCAGGUACAAAACGAUUGUCAAAUACAAGACGGCCUUCUACUCAUUCUACCUCCCAGUGGCGGCUGCAAUGUACAUGGCUGGCAUAGACAGUGAAGAGGAACAUGCUCAUGCGAGGACCAUCCUAUUACAGAUGGGGGAGUUCUUCCAGAUCCAGGAUGAUUUCCUUGACUGCUUUGGUGACCCUGAAAUGACCGGGAAGAUCGGAACAGACAUCCAGGAUAACAAAUGCAGCUGGUUAGUGGUGCAGUGCUUGAAACGAGCCUCUGCAGAACAGAGACAACUUCUAGAGGAGAACUAUGGACAAAAGGAUCUGGACAAAGUUGCACAUGUGAAACAGCUCUAUGAGGAGCUGGGCCUGAAGAAAAUCUACCAGGACUAUGAGGAGAGCAGCUACCAGUGCUUAUCGGGCCUUAUUUCCCAGCAUGCUGUACGUCUGCCCAGCCAGAUCUUCCUUGGCCUGGCCCAGAAGAUCUACAAGAGGCAGAAAUGACAGACUCGGCUAUCAAGAAGGAAACCAGCGUAUAAAUACUUGUCACAUGUGUGUUUGUGUGGGAGGGUGGGUUUUCCCCAUCUUUCGUGACAUUGAUUAGUGGAGCUGCUUUAAAACCUGUUUUUGAAACCUAGUUCAGACAUUUCUUAACUCCCUGACACUGGGAGUGGUGGUUUGAAGGGGCUGGAAGGCUGAGGCACACUCUCUCUAUCCAAGGUGUUCUCGCCCCUCUUUAAACUUCUGACUAUUCCCAGGGUUCCCUGGGCUAAAACCAAGUAGUGUCCAGCUUAACCCAAGAAACAUGCCCAUCUAGUUCCCAUGUUGUCUUUCCUUUUUUGGUUCUGCUGGCAUCAGCAGUGUCCUGCAGUGCUCUGGCCACUUCUCCCAACCCUGCUGGUGAAUCUUUAUCCCCCCCCCCCCGCCACUGCCACCACAACUCUUAGAAACAGCUGGUGGCUGCCUAUUUAAAAUAAAAUUUAAAAAUCCUUCCAUGAAGCGCAUGGGGGUUUAAUUUGGGGGCGGGGGUUUUUUGCAUCUUAAAUGCAAACUGUUUUACCUCAGGGUGAGCUGUCCUGUGGUGAUGAGGAGAGCAUUUUUGGCUAAGGAUUUUUCUUCCUUCAGUCUCUUUCUCCCAUUCCCCUUCUAAGCAAGGGGAUGAGGCUGCUACAAUUUUGUUUGUUUGUGGAAGAAGACAAGAUCCAUAGCUGAACGUAAUCAUCUCUUCAAUACGCACCAUGCAUUUAAAGCGCCCCUCUGAAAAAAAACAACCUGAGAAUUGUGGUUUAAGGGCCCUGAGAAUUGUUGCUCUGUGAAAGGGUAAACUACAGUUAUCAAUAUUUGGGGGGGGGGGAGCGGAGUGAUGUGCUUUUAAUCUCUCUCUCUCUCUCUCUCUCUCUCUCUCACACACACACACACACACACACACACACAGAGCGAGCGUAUCUAUAGUAAAUGUUGCUGACUGUAUGUCCUCACAUAGCUUCUCAGGAGGGAGAACGAUUCACCUGGAUCAAAACAAACCUGUUCCCAUUUUGGGGAGGGGGGCAUGAAGAAGACCCCCUCCUGCCACCCCCCCACAGUGCUCUGAAGCAGCACCCAGGGCUGAAAAUGAUGUUGGGGGGGGGGUAGUAUCAAGCAUCCUAUCAUAAUGGAAUGCACAGGCUGGAGAAAAAUGAGUUUGUAGCAAUAAAUUAUUUUGAAACCAG